GCAGAGAAAGAUUCUGCAUCUACAGACCCCUACUACUGUCUGUCUGACUUCAUUGCCCAAAAGGAUUCUGGGAUACAUGACUACAUGGGUAUUUUUGCUGUAGCCAUUUUUGGUGUGGAGGACCUGAGCAAAGCUUAUGAGCUCAAGGGGGAUGACUACAACAGUAUCAUGGUCAAAGCCCUAGGGGAUAGACUAGCCGAGGCAUUUGCAGAAGAACUACAUGAGAAGGUCAGAAAAGAGCUGUGGGGCUACUCCAGCUCUGAAGAUCUGAGUGUUGAUGAUCUGCGCAAGAUACGAUAUAAAGGCAUUCGUCCAGCCCCGGGCUACCCCAGCCAACCAGAUCACACAGAGAAGCUUACUAUGUGGAAGCUGGCAAACAUAGAGGAGGCAACAGGUAUAAAGCUCACAGAAUCCCUUGCAAUGUCACCAGCUGCUGCAGUCUCUGGUUUAAUGUUUUCUAGUCCAGUAUCCAAAUAUUUUUCUGUUGGAAAAAUUGGUAAAGAUCAGGUUGAAGAUUAUUCACAUAGGAAAAAUUUGACAGUGGAAGAGGUUGAAAAAUGGCUUGGUCCAAUUCUCAGUUAUGACCCUGAUGAAUAA